AUGCCGUCCCCAAGCUACGUCCUGGUCACCGGAGCCACCGGCUUCAUUGGCAGCCAUGUCGUCGACACUCUGCUUCGCCAAGGCUUCAGAGUCCGCGGCUCUGCCCGCUCCAAAGCCAAAGCCGAUGACAUGCUCGCUGCCCGCCCGCAAUGGAAAGACCGACUAGACUUCGUCGAGGUGGCUGAUUUCGAGGGAAAGACGGACCUUACCGACGCGGUCAAGGAUGUUGAUGGGAUAAUACAUGUCGCCAGUCCCUUCAACUAUAACAUUACCAGCAAUGAGCAAGAGCUCGUCCUCCCCGCCAUCAACGGCGUCCGUGCCAUUCUCUCCGCCGCGGCCCAGAAUCCCAAAGUCCAGCGCAUCGUCCUCACUUCGUCCUUUGCCGCCGUCGUCGACAUCGCUAGCGCCGCAGGGCCCGGCUUCACCUACAACAGCACCCACUGGAACCCGCUGACCUACGCCGAGUCCAUCGCGCCCGACACCACCACCGUCGUCGCCUAUCGCGGCUCCAAGAAGUUCGCCGAGCUUGAAGCCUGGCAAUACAUCGAGAAGCACCACCCGCACUUCGAUCUCGUCACCCUCUGCCCCCCCAUGGUCUUCGGCCCCGUCGCCCAUCCCGUCGCCAGCCCCGCAGCGCUCAACGAGUCCAACGCUCAGCUCUGGUCCGUCCUCGACAGCGCUAAGCCCCUGCCCGAAGUGCGUGUUCCGCUUUGGAUUGACGUGAGGGACCUGGCCCUCGCCCAUGUCAACGCCUUGCUCCGCGAUGCUGCCGGCGGCAAGCGCUAUACCCCCGUCAGCCCACAGCAUUUCUCCUUCGGCCUGAUCGCGCGUAUUGUGCGCGAACGGUUCCCGGGUAAGGCGCGGUCGCCGGGGACGGAGCCGGCGGCGGACGAGACGCUGCCGGGGCCGAGCUACGGGCUGGAUGGAGAGACGGCGGGGAGGGAGCUGGGCAUCGAGUACAGGCCGUUUGAGAACACUGUGGUGGAUUUGUUGCGGCAGAUGGAGGCGUUGGAGGCGGCUGGGUCACGGUGA